GACAGCUGAAAAAAAAUGCAAAUGGCAGUCCGUGUCACGAACCAACUAACUUAAAAAAAAAAUAAAGUGCAUUUACGAUUAAAUUAAUAUUCCGAUUAUUAAACGGAAAAAGCGGUUGUUUAAGGACCGAAGGCGCGUCGGGGCCCUCACGAUGAACAAAAUGGAGAAACUGCCCAAGCUGGUGGACGUGUAUCAGCCGAAAAACCGACUGGAAUCCAGGCAACUACCCCUGAUGGUGGACGAAAAUUUAACGCUCGUCAUGGAUAUAAAAAACUCAAACUUAAUAUGCGACAACCAGAACUUGAGCCAAAAGGAAUACAAUGAAUUCUCAGCCAAAAUGGGCCUACUGUCCCAAGAAGAAAUAGAAGAUUCCCUCGUUAUCACCAGGAAUGAACUUAUGGAAGUCCUAAAUCAGAGUGUACCUUGCGUAGGGUGUAGGAGAAGCGUUGAAAGACUGUAUUUACAACUGUUACGCUUGAACCACCCGACUUUGGACCCAAUAGUGGUGAGAACGGAUGGCACAAUCACUUUAAGAAAAGAAAAACACACUUAUAACUGUUUGGCUAGUAUAUUUCACGAUCAUGCUCAACGCUUGGAGAUCUUAAUAGAAACCCAACCGAAAAGGAACAAAAAAAGUGUCAGGUGUCUGUUACACUCAUUGGACUCGCAAAGGAGUCGCCCCCUAACCCCCGUAUGGAGAGACAUCUGGGACUGCAUGAAAAUCGACUGUAGAAAAGACGUUUGUAUCAUAGAGGCGUCCAGUUUACACGAAACCCUCGAAAACUACUUGAGGAAACACAGAUUUUGCGGAGAGUGCCGAACGAAAGUCUUAAAGGCUUACACCUUACUGGUGGAGGAUCCGGAACCCACCAAAGAAAAAGGUUACGUGUCCUCCCUGUAUUCGGGCAUCAAGAGGUGCCUACAGGACAAACAUAUUCACCUGAACCCAAAAACCGAAUACAUAACCAAACUUAUUAACCGAGCAGAGCCAGAAUUGCUGGGCAGUCGUAGGGAGAGGCACGCAAAGACUUUGGAAAUUGCCCAGGAGGAGGUGCUCACUUGUCUGGGCAUUUGUAUGUACGAGAGGCUGCACAGGGUCUAUAUGAAAGUCAGGGAGGAAGAACGCACUUGUCAACUAUUUGCCGCGGUAGCGGUGCACACCUUAAACCGUAGCUUCGAGACGGUUAUAGAGAAGGUGCGGGGCAUCUCGCAGUUGGAACUGUUGUACGAGGAGUUCGCGCGCGAAGAACAGGCGAAGCAGAAGCACAAGGAGGCGAAAAAGAUCAGACGUAAGCGACGAAAGGGCAAAAUGUCCGAGGGGGAUGAAAAAGAGGAGAACUGUUGCGGGAUCGGGGAGAAGGGGUGCUCGUGCUCCCCGGUGUCGAUCGGGGGCGGCGGUAAGGAGGUGACGACGUGCGAGGAGGAGGAGGAGGAGUGCGACUGUAGCAGCGAGGAACUGGACGAUUACGAGGAUUGUUCCAAUAAACUUAUCGGUCACGCCAAGGGGAAGUUAAGGUGUAGCAACGAGGUGUGGAUGGACGAGUGUAAAUGUGACAACACCAGUGUAAAGGACCUGAAUAGGAACCGUAAGGAGCCCUCCCUGUGCAAAUGUGAUAUACCAGUGGAUCUAAACAGUAAAAAAGAGUCGGGCUCCUCUUCGGACCAUUCGGCACACGAUUGCGGAUAUUCUUCGGAGAACAACAACGGAUGUUGUGAAACAGGUUCACUGGCGUCGUUGAGUCUGUCGAGUUCUCCCGAGGGAUCGGAGUUAGCCUGUUCGGACACCUGUUGCCAACCGACGACGUUGGAUUUCGGGAGUCAGUGUCGGUUGACCUGCGGCGGCGGAGGCGGACUCACGCUCUUAGAGAUGCUUGAGGUGCACAGUGAGGAGGACGAGGAGUGUUACAUAACGGCGGAGGAGGUGCGGGAGUUCAAGAGUCGCAGCCGGCAGGUGUACGAGAAGCGACUGGAGCUGCGCGAGACCCUCCAGAAGAGGUUCGCGCAGUUCUGCCAUAACGGACCCAGUUUACUCGCCCAAACCAAAUACGCUUCGAAUUAACCCAAUUUUUUUUGUUUGUUUUUUUUUUUUUUGAAUUUUAUUUAAAUAUUCGAGCCUACCGGGAUAGUCUUGUAGUUUAUGGUUUUAUACUUGAAGAUCUUCUUCUUCUUCUUCUUCUUGGUGAGUGAAGAAGCGUAUGGAUCGACGCAGGGUUAAAAGGUCAUUUAAGCCUAGAAGCUGUACUAAGGAAUAAGAGAUUUAUAACUUUUAAGUACAAUUUUACGAUUACAGUACAAUUUAAGUUAUUGGUUUAAUAUAGUCCAUUAAUGGCGUUUUCUCUGAAAUGCGUUUUUAAAAUUGUACUAAUAGGUUCUCGAAAGCAGAUUUAUUUUACGUACAAUAAUGAAAAAUGUAGGUGGGUUUUUAGUACAAUUGAAUCCAUUGAAACCGAUGUUGAUAAAAUUGUUUGCAGUACAAUUUUUUAUUUGCUAUCCUUGAAUUAGCGUUAAAAUUGUACUAGAAUCAGAAAAAAUCUACUAAAAAACCUAGAAAAAAGCUUUAAAAAUUAGAGUAAAAAAGCCUUUAUGCAUGCAUCACUAAAUUUUCCUCGACUAUCUCUAUUUAAAUUGAAAAGUGUCUUAGUGGAAAAAUUGCGUGGUUUUAGUACAAAAAGGCGGUUUUAGUACAAUUAAUAAUUAUUGACUUUUUAAAAAUUGUACUAAAACUAAUAAGUAAGUCCUCAAAGGUAGAUUCAUUUGACGUGUAAUGAUUUAAAAUAUAAGUAGAUUUUAGUACAAGUUUUUCAUGACUGAUCAAAUUGUACUAAAACCGACUUAUACGUGACCAGUCUUUGGCCACGCACAAAUUAAUUCCAGUACAAUUUUUGAAUAAUUGUCCUUGAAUUGGCGUUUAAAUUGUACUAGAAUCUUGAAAAAAUUGUACUAAAACCACCAUAAUAUGACGAGGACUUUCUAGUGAAAGACCUUUGUACUAAACGUAGCCGAACGCCAAAUAUUCCUCUUAACUGAUUAACAAUUACGGUACAAUUCACAUUGGUUUAGUACAAUUCUUAACGGCGUUUUCCCUUAAGAAAUUGUACUAAAAUAAUUCUUGUAAUAAUAAGUAGGUUUUAGUACAAUUUUGUUCACGUUUUACAAAACUAACUAAUUAAUAAAUUCUCAAGGGCGGAUCUAUUUAAAGCCUUAUUAUGGAAGACAAGUAGGUUUUAGUACAAUGUUUUCAUAUAUGACAAAAUUGUACUAAAACCUACUUAUGCGUGGCUAACCUUUAACUAUUUAAAAUUGAUUUCAGACAAAUUUCGUAAUAGAUGUACUAGUUAAAAUUGUACUGAAAACCAGCUUAUAACAAAUACUUUCUUGUACAUUUUUUUUUAUUUCUCGUCACCUAUUUAAGACAAUUGGAGUAAUGACGAAAUGUACUAAAGCCAGAGGCCUAAAACUCCUCUAAAGUAAUCAACAAAUUUAGUACAAUUCAAGUUGGGUUUAGUACAAUGCUUAGGGGCCUUUUUUUCUGAAUUACGUUAUAAAAAUUUCAGUUCAAUUUUUUCGUGAUUGGCCAAAUUGUACUAAAACCAACCUUGUUACCAAAACCAAAUUAAUUAAGUUUAAAUUGUACUAGAAUCAUGGAACAAGCAUAAAUAAUUCAGUGAUGCGAGGCCUCUGGCCACGCAUAAGGUGCUUAUAAUAGUACAACUUUUAAUGCUAUUUCCGUUAUUUUAGUACAAUUUUUAUGCAAAUUCAAGGAUAGCUAAUGACAAAUUGUACUGGAAGCAAGUUGUUCGGGAACAAACAAGUUCAAGUACAAUUUUUAAAGCUUUUCUCACGAUUCUAGUACGGAAAUUCAGGUAUACCUGUAAAAAAACUGUACCAGAAUUAAGUUGUGCGUUGCCAAAGGUUGCAUCACUUAGUGAUUGGUUUUAGUACAAUUUUUUUUAAAUAAAUGGGAAAUGCUUUUUAAAAAUGUACUAAAAAAAGAGACCAUUUUGUACCCAUUUUCCAUUUAGGACACUUUUUAAUUAAAAUGAAAAUAACAAAUACAUUUAAAUGAACUUCUACCCUCGUUGGGCAUGCGCUUCCUUUAGUACAAACACUUUAAAAAAUUGUACUAAAAUCACCCUGAACCUGCCCUAAAAUAGUCUUGUCUUUUGUUUUUUUGUUGAAACAUUUUAACCGGACACGCCCCUUAAUAUACAGGGCGAGGCAAGGAAUCUACUUUAAUUUAAACAGCUUACGCUUGUACAAUACGACGGUGCCCGUAGUAGAAUUCAAAUAAGGAAAAACCAGUAUACGGGGAGCGUAUAGAACAGAUCAUAAACCGGACUUAUACCCGCGUAUCUACGUGUUAUCAAAUUGUGUAUUUGUUGCAUUCCAUAAUUUGGGUUUUACGAAAACUGUUAUGAUAUGAAGUCGUUUCUUUCUUUUGUAUUUAACCGCGCGGGUACGCGUAAUCCGGAUCGACCCGCGUCGGUUCAGUUCUUGUAUUUAAGUCAUAAAUAAACGAUAUUGAAUAAUUUAAAGGAAA